CCGAUCAGAAUCCAGAAAGCAGCAGCAAAUGGCAAACGACAAGUCGGUCAUGGCGGUCAUACGAGCCGCCCGCCCCUCUUUCCGCAACGCCAAUGACAAGGUCGCCUUCGCCGUUCAUGCUUCCUUCGUUGCCUCCGGCUUCCAAUUACUCGCCGCCGGCCGCUCCGCUUUUGUUGAAAACGCCCUCUCCUCCUCAACAGAAGAAGUGGGUGUUGAAAAUUGGAAUGAGCUUGAGGACGAGUACGCCUUUGUGUACGUGAACCCGGAGAAGGGCUCGAAGAAGGUUCUGGUCAAGUGUCUUGUGAUUGAUGGAGCACUGAGUGUUGAUGCUGUGGCUGAUGGGGCUUCUCAGAAUGUUCACUGUGAAUUUAGUGUUGGGGAUUAUGUGCAAGAAAAUGAGGGAGGUAAUUACUCGUCACAGUUUAAGAAUAUGGACACCUUGGUGAACAAUCUCAAUGCUCAAGUUUUGUCGAAAUUGGACGAGUCUUCUGCACCCAAGCCAACAAGUUCAAACGGCACUAAAAUCUCAGGAAAUAAGCCCGGCAGUGGUGCUGGAUCUCAUGGAGUUAAUGUUGGCGGUGGUAAUGAGGAUCUUUAUCCUGGGGCUGGUUCUGGAAGGUAUCCAGGUGGUGGCGAUGAUCUUUAUCCUGGAGCUGGUGCUGGAAACUAUCCUAAUAGGUUUCCAGUGGGCGGUGGCGAUCUAUAUCCUGGACCUGGCGCUGGAAUGCCUUCCAGGGGUGGAUUUGAUGAUGGAAGCAUGUUUGUAGGACCCAAUGAUCGUAGGUUUGGAGGUGUUGGACAACCUGGGUUUCCAGGGUUUCCUGGGGGACUACCGGGUAUUGCUGAUCCUCGGUUUGGUGGUGAAAGACCAUUUGGUGUCCCACUAGGUGCUCGCUUUGAUCCCUACGGGCCGCCUGGUCUUGCUGAUUUUGAUCCAGAUUGUUCAAGGCGCCCACAGGGUCCAGGAAGCAGGACACACCCCGCCUUGGAGCAACCCGGCAGUGGUUCAGACUUCAUCUAGAACGUAUCUGACCCUAUAACUAUCUGAGGGAAACUGGAAAGUGUAGUAAUGUGUUUUAGCUUAAUCUCUUCUGUGUGAGCUCCUUCGUUGACGUAAGAAUCAGUUAGCUUUCAACAAACUUAUGGCUUCUGGUUCGUGAUGUAAAUGGUGUUCAACAAAUGUAAAGCCUUUUGGCUUAUCAGGCGCUUCAAGUAUAUCAUGUUCUUUAGUA